AUGGCUAAUGAUCUUUCUGUUGAAGACAAAGAUUUUUUAGCACAAUGCGAAGAGGAAUUUAAAGACCGUUUUACAGAGUUAGAUGAAGAUUAUAUGAAAGUAUUUAAUGCGGAACAGUCAAAACCUCCAAUAAUGGAGAAUUGGAGACCAGCACAAAACCGACGAUUUAAUAAUAGACGAUUUCAUCCAUAUGACAGUUCUAAUAGGAAUAGAAACAAUCAUGAUCGUGGUUACCAGGACAGAGGUAGGAAUGAUUAUUCUAGAGGGUAUCAAGAUAGAAGCUAUGAGGACAGGGGUUAUGAAGAUAGAAGAUAUGGACGAGGAUACUCCAAUUCUGAUAAUAGGAAUAGAGAUCAUUAUCAACCGAGAAGAGGCAGGUUUUAA